UUUCCCAUGACAUUCAUUUCCACUGUGUAGGUUGUUUUAAAAGCAGAAUGAUCAAUGAUCUGCUAGUCAACGCGGUGCCCAUGCACGCAUGAAUGUAAAAGAAAACAAAAAAGGAUCGAGGACAGUUUUGUACUUGGGGCAAUAAAAGUGGAGUGACAGGAGUCAGGAUCUCAUUAAUUGAGGGCGAAGGAGUCGGUGGAGUAGUAGUGGUAGAUCGAGGAAGAAGAAGAAGAAGAAGAAGAAGGGCUCAAAAAUGGAGGAGGAAUCAGCCAACGAGGCCACGAGUACAGGAAGAGUUGCUUAUUUUCUGGAAGAAGCUGUUAGGGUUAUUUUAAAGUGUUUGGGUGUCGAGACUAAAUCUGAUCAAGAGGAUACUCCAAGUACCCAAGAAAUUGCUUCUUCAGCCACUAAACAAGUUGCAGAAGAUCAUACACCAUCUGCAACAACAGACCCAGAAGCUGAUCAUCCUCCUCCUUCAACGACAGCGAACCCUGAUCAUCCAUCACCUGCAACACCAGACCAAGAAGCUGAUCCUCCUUCAACCACUGCCACCUCUGUAAGCCCAGCAAACCCUGAUCCUCCUUCAAGCACAGACAUCUCUGAAGUUGUUGCGAGGACAAGGGCUCUGAGUGUGCCUUCAAGGCCAUCGUUAAGUACCGGGAGUGGUCCUCAGACUAAUUAACUGCUGUUAAUGUCCUUUUAACCUUCACAACCUAAAAGAUAUGUGCAUGGGUCAAAAAACUAGGUAAAAUCUGCAGUAUUUGUUCCUUUUUAUGUUUCCUUUUCUCCCCAUGUAUUUAGUUUUGCUUAUGUGUGAGAGAGUGAUUAAGAGUUGCAGAGUGUAAAAUGUAGCUAGGAUGGUACUGGCUAUCCACGCGUUUUAUAUAUGCAUACUUGCAUAGCUUGUAAAUCGGAAGCCAGUUAAGAACACAUGAAUUAUGUUGAUUAUCUAGACUAUCA